AUAAGUUUCAGAGGUAAGAGCUUCCCACAUGUCUUGCUCGCUCGGCAUCGAUUUGGGCACUACCUCUGUGAAGAUUUGCGUUGUACAGGGAGACAAGAUCUUGACAGAAGGCCAUGCCCAUCAUAGAACGAACUUACCUAAUCGUCUAGGAGUACAAGAUGCUCGGAAGAUCAUCACCAUAGCGGAAAAUCUUUUGAAGGAUGUAGUGAAACGAGUUCGAACUGAAUUUGGACAAGAAAUCAGUCGAAUAGCGGUAGCUGGGCAACAGCAUGGGCUAGUUUUGUGGAACUCGGAUGCGAUACGACGUGGUGAUCUUGAUUGCUCUGAAUUGUACAACUGGAUGUAUCCUGGUGAUCCUGCUGCCCCCAAGCUGCCUAAAUCCACUAGUAACCGCGUUUUCCCUGGGUAUGGCAUGCGCACCCUUUGCGAGUUAGCCUCUCACUCGUCAUUUGAUCCCGAAAAGCACUGGGAUCGUUGUGGUAACAUAACGGAUUACUUCGCCUGCUACUUGACUGGAAGCGACGAAGUAUUGAUGAGUAACCACAACGCUUAUGCUUGGGGAUACUCGACUGAUUUGGAAUGGAAUAGUGAAAUACUUCCAUAUACACCGGACUGGAUUCAACUCCCAAAAAUUGUGCGUACCGAUGCAGGGACAUUCGUAAAGCUUGGAGAUUGCCGUCUAGAAGGCCUUGAAAAUAUCCCAGUUAGCGUGGCAUAUGCAGAUCUUACUGCUUGUAUCAUGGCUGUUCGGGGACAUUACAGUGGAUCUGAUCAUGCAUAUUUGAUACUUGGCACAUCUGCUCAGUUGUGUUUUGUGCUUCCUGAUGAUGUUGAACUUCCUGACUUACCCGUGACGACUCAUGUUUUUCCAUUUGCCAAAGGAUUAACGCUUGUCGCAGCUGCAUCGAUGAAUGGCGGCAAUACUCUCGAUGCUUUCUUAGCGAUGAUACAACGAUGGUGUUCCGAAGCGUCAGGCAAAGAUUGCUCUUGUCAGAUUGAUAAAGGGCACAUUUUUUCUGGCGUUGAUAAAGCUACAUCGCUGCACAAUCCAGAUGAAAACCGGAUUCCCGAUGUUAAGGCUCUGUUCACGAAAGAGCGAGGAUCUGAGGACAAAGGGGUGGACAUAUCUGGGAUGAAGAAGGAUUUGUCAUUGACAGAAAUGCUAAUCGGAAUUUGUCGAGGAGUGAUCUACAACCUCUUUAGUCUUAUACCAUCUGAACUGCUAGUCUCCUAUGGUGUUAAAAAGCUCUACCUCGUUGGAACCGCUAAAAACGAGCGCUUUCUAGUGCAUAUCAAGGAAUAUCUAAAAGAACACAAUUCUGAUGUAGAGCUGCAUUUGGCUGAAACAGACACCUCAGCAGCUUAUGGUGUAGCUUUGUGAGCUUACAGAACUCAAGUGAUGCUGUCAUUCGAUUUCCUAUUGUCAUCACCAUUGCAUAAAAUUUUU